AAAAAAAUUUUCGAUUGUAUUCGCUAAUUUGAAUUGAAUUCGAACUGAAUCAAAAUGAAAUUCGCUUUAGUACUUUUGGCUACCGUUGCUAUUGCAACAGCUCAAAUCGAUAUUGAUAAUAUUGAACCAGUUGAUUUGAUUGCACCAAUUCCUUCAUAUCCAGAAGCAGAAGGUUUCCAUUCUGGACGUAUUGUUGGUGGAAAUGAAGCACAUCCAGGACAAUUCCCAUAUCAAGUUGGAUUAGCUUUACAUAUUGGUGAUAAACAAGGAUGGUGUGGUGGUUCAAUCAUUUCUGAUGAAUGGGUUCUUACUGCUGCUCAUUGUACAGAAAAUGCUGAUUCAGUUACCGUAUACAUUGGUGCCCAUAAUAUCAAAGAAGUUGAAGAAAGUACAUUGAAAAUCAAUGUUGGCAAAGAAAAUAUCAUUGUACAUGAAAAAUGGAGCAUGUUAACUCUCCAAAACGACAUUUCAUUGAUCCGUUUACCACAAAAACUUGAAUUUAACGAUCGUGUUCAACCAAUCAAUCUACCAUCUAAAUCACAAGCUAAAGAAAGUUUUGUUGAUAAAGCUGUUAUCGCAUCUGGAUGGGGAAAAGAUUCUGAUAAAUCACAAACUGUUUCACCAGUUCUCCGUUUUGUUGAAGUACCAGUUUUAGCUCAUUGGCGUUGUAAUGUCCGAUACAUUGGCAGAAUUAAGGACAGCCAUAUUUGUAUUAAAGGUAGCGGUGGUAAAUCAACAUGUCAAGGUGAUUCAGGUGGUCCACUUGCAUACACUGAAGCUGAUGGUUCAAAAACUUUACUCGGUGCUACAUCAUUCGGUAUUGCAUUCGGUUGUGAAAUCGGUUGGCCAGGUGUAUUCACCAGAAUUUCAUCAUUCUUGGAUUGGAUCAAUGCCAAUACUGGUAUUGCUAUCCGUUCUUAAAAAAUUUUAUAUUAAACGAUCAAGAUAUAGAUAAAAGAAAAAAAAAUUAGGGAACUUAUAGGAAAUGCAACGAAAAUAAUGAAAACUACUGAAAAAUUGGCUAAUUAAAUUGUAAUUAAUUCGAUUUUAUUUUUUAAAAAAUAAAAACGCAAUAUUUGUAAUA